AUGGCGGAGGAGGAGGUAGUGAACCCUCAGAUCGAGGUGGAGGAGUCGUGCAAGCCGCAGUGCGUGAAGGCGUGGCUAGAGUACCAGGCUUGUGCGGAGCGGGUGGAGAAGGAUGAGAGCGGCGAGGCGCACUGCACCGGCCAGUACUUUGAUUACUGGCACUGCGUAGACAAGUGCGCAGCCAAGCCCCUGUUCGCUAAGCUCAAGUGAAGACGGC